CUUUUCAUGGUAGUAUUUAUGGACGUGGUUUUUUUAAUUUCUUAAGAUUGUCUUUCUCUACCUAAACUAGAAGAACUGUGACCAAUGCUGAACCCAAACUGCAACUAAAAGCAACAGAAAUAAACAAUUUCCUGAAAAGAAAAAGAGUAAGAGAAAACACCAAUACAAAUGUGGAAAGACUAUGUGGAAGAGUAUUUCGAUAACGUUGCUUAUACGGUUAAAAAGGAAAGUGAUAGUAGAGAAGAGGCUAUGGAGCAGUACGGGCCUAAUUCAUUUGUGGGUAUCAGAGAUGCCUUCCUGGACACUAUAGACCAAAUCAUGGUUUCGGUGAGUGAUUAUAUUAUUGCUUAUGGUAUCCAGCUGCAUAAGCCUGUGUUACUUUUGAAGGGUGCAAUAUUUAUCAACGAAGGCAACAAUACUAUUGUAUUAGAAGAAGAAUAUGGUGUAAAUGUUCAAGAGAUCCUUCCUGAAGACUUUCUCGUUCUGGCCAAUAUUGAACAUUUUCCUCCACCUUUAAAUACGGACUGUACACCAACAGUAGCUUUAAAAAACAGACAAAGCACUCUUUUGAAAAGAGACAUGAUGGCAGAUGAAUCGAUCGAACCUUAUCUGACGAAGAUGGCUCUUAACAAAUAUAUGAUCAGCUUUAAGAAUUUAUGGUCUAACAAGUUCCGUUAUACCAGGUUGCUCAACCGUGUGAUUAUUGUACUUUUAAGAAUACACUUGGCUCCUAAACGUGAACGAUUUAAGCGAGAAAACGUGAAAACAUGCUCUACAAUUGAUCCAGAAAUAUCUCAUGGUGAAGCAAAUGAAUGGGAUGAUUCCGAUGUUAGGAGAAAUAAUCAAGCAAAGCUCUCAACUUAA